AUGCAAGGAAUAACAAAUAUCACGUUUUUCUAUAAAGGUGGAAUCCUUUUGGGAUCGGAAACGCGAUCUAGAAAUGGAUCGAGCUUUGCUCGCAACGACUACAACACGAAGAUUGUGCGCUUGAAUGACCAUUUGUUUGUGACCAAGUGUGGACAAAAAGUGGGAGCUGUCAAUUCCUCGGUAGCUAAAAUUUGUCAUGUGACACCUAAUACUUUGCAUAUACCUGAAUCGCUUGCCAAUGAAGCAUACAAGUUUCUGGAACAACGGAAAAUUGGCCAUGUUGUUACUCUUAUUGUCGGCUAUAGUGGAGGGGUACCAGAAAUUUAUAAAGUUCAAUGGAAACCAGGAGUUCAAUUUCCAGAUCGUAAUGGAGCUGAAAUAAUAGAAAUUUUUUUCGUAAUUGGUUCCGGAGCUCCUUAUGCUCUUGCAACUUUGGAACGUGUGUAUGUACCUGACAUUCCCCGUGAAGCAAGCAAGAACUUAGGUUAA